AUGGCAGAGAAGGAAGGUGGGAUUGUCAAGAAAGGCCAUGAAUUAGGGCUAAUAAUGGCAAUUUCUCUUCUUGAAGAGCAUGAACUUCCAUUGGGACUCCUCCCUCUCGCCGAUGUGGUUGAAGUUGGGUUUGUGAAGGACACUGGGUACAUGCGGAUUAUACAAAAGAAGAAAGUUGAGCACAACUUCAAGAUGAUAAGCAAGCUUGUGAGUUAUAAUAGUGAAAUAACUGGUUAUGUCGAGAAGAAGAGGAUCGAGAAGCUAAAGGGUGUGAAAGCGAAGGAACUCAUGCUAUGGCCUCCGGUCAAUGAGAUCACCGUUGAUGACUUGCACACCGGAAAAAUGCACUUCAAGAGGCAUCACCAAAAGUUUUCCCGUGGAGGCGUUUGCUGCUGGGCAGUAAUGGCUGUGCCCUAA